CUUUAGAAUAGGAAGAGCAACUGCAUAUGAGCAUGGCUGCCGAAUGAGCAUGGCUGCCGGCUUGCCUGGGCUUGAUCGACUCGACAUGCAUGGCCCGCAUGGCUGUGAAGCGUAUCUCCUCACGACUGAGGAGAUCGCAGUGAAGGCAUUCUUAGUUCUUGCUGGAAUUGGCGCUUUCCUCUUCAUUAUGUUUGCCACUUGCCGUGUGCAUCGGCCGGAGCACUUCUUUCCCAGUAUCGUCAACGCGUCCCUCAUCUUUGGUUGGCUCUUGGGGCCUUUGGCCAUUCUGUGGACCAAUGCUGUCCGCUUUGGAGUCAUGUUGGUUCCAUCAACAGCCACAGGCAGCGAGCUGCACCAUACAUACAAUGAGGUGCCUCGCUUCUUGUUGGAGUGAUGAACCCUGAGCAGCCUGAGCAGCGUGGGGACAGCUCGACAGUAGAAAAAGACUGUUCAGCAGUCUGCAUAGGAAGGCAUGAGUCAAAACCAAUGACCCUUGGACCCACCCUCAUGCCUGAAGCCGAGUCUCCAGCUUUGGAGAGACUAGUUCGACAACCCGGGGUGCUUCAUGCCCCCGGUGGUCACAACAGCUGCAGGUGGUGAUGCCCCCAGGUCUGGCCGGAAGGAAG